AUGUUCCUGCUCCCGCUUCUCCUGGUGGCUGUCCUGCCAGUCAGCACUGAAGGAGGAAAAAUACUUUGGGGUACAGAAGCCAAACCCCACUCCCAGCCCUACAUGGCAUUCAUAAAUUAUUAUGAUAGCAAAUCACAAAAGUUUCGAUGUGGUGGUUUCCUGGUGAGAGAAGACAUUGUCAUGACAGCCGCUCACUGUAAUGGAAGGAAUAUAACUGUAACCUUGGGUGUUCACAAUAUCAAGAAACAGAAAAACAUACAACACAUCUCAGUUGUUGAUUCCAUCUCUCACAAGGACUUUAACCAUAAAACACUGGUCAAUGACAUCAUGCUACUAAAGCUGAAAAACAAAGCUCAACUCAAUAAUGAUGUGCAGAAAAUUGACCUUCCAAAGAAGCACGACUGGGUGAAACCUGGGCAGGUGUGCACAGUGGCGGGCUGGGGAACCCUGGCCAAUGGUAGUCUGUCUAACACACUUCAGGAGGUAAACUUAGAAGUUCAAAAAAGUCAGACAUGCCUUAAGAUGUCCAAAGACUACAAUGACUCCAUCCAGAUCUGUGUGGGAAAUCCCAAAGAGAAGAAGGCUACUGGUAAGGGAGAUUCAGGGGGACCCUUUGUGUGUCACAAUGUGGCCCAGGGCAUUGUCAGUCGUAACUUUAAUACGAUAAAACCUCCUCGGGCAUUCACUAGAAUCUCUAGCUUUCUACCUUGGAUUCAAGAAAAAAUGAAACUGCUUCAACAACCCUAG